AUGAAAAAUUCUCUAUUUGCGUCUGCAAUUUUCUUUUUCUUUUUUGCUUCAAGUCAAGCUGCAAUUGAUCUGACAUGUCCAACUGCGAAUAUUACAAAUACCGAUGGAGCAUUUCCAGCUGGAGGAAUUUCCUUGUUCCCAGCUAAUUACACAUGCAUAAUUACAUUCCUCAUUCCUCGUGGCUUUGCAGUUAAACUUGACUUCCAAACUAAUAGGGGAUCUUUUUCGAGGGAUCAUAUUGUGGUUAAAGAUUCGGCUUCGGAGUUGUUUGAAAUGAACAACGUCGACAAUCUAUUCUACCUGCCCACUGGCACCAACUCCAUCAACAUCACCACUGUUACCAACACCUCCACCAUAUACUUCACUUGGAGAUUCAUGGAUGUCACCAAGUUCCAAAGAAAUCAAAUCUCAACUGGAUCAGUUGUCUCUAUGAACUUCACCGCCAACAAUUACUAUCAAUUCACUUCCAAAAAUGAUACGGUGCUAUUCCAUACCGGUUCUGUCAAUGGACAACCUGAUUUAUCACUCAGAAAAGUGUAUUACUAUGAUGGAGACGAUUUGAAUGCGAUGUUUUCAGGAAACCUUUAUGAUGGAAUAUUUAACACUUAUAAUUCCAAAGGAAAAUCCAUUACUCUAGUGAAUUUUUAUGGGACACCAACCAAUUCAUAUGGAAUUGCAAGUGACAGUUUAUCACUAUCGAAAUAUCAAAAAUAUUCACUCAACAUUUGCUCAAACUUGACAUUUUUCUCAAAUUGUAUACUACAAGCUAGUGCGGAUUUAGGACAAGAAAGUGCUAUGACGGUAUAUACGGUGGAUAUGCCAGAGUCUUUGAUUCCAUUUAUCACAUUUUUGAAUCCUAAUGCUACCGGACAACAAGUGAGAUUUCGACCUUUGGUACCAAUGGAUGGAUAUGGAGAUUUGUUGAGUUAUAAUGAAACUGUCGCCAAUACCUACUCACUUCCCCAAAAAAUCCUCUCCAACAUCUACACUGUCACAUGCUACCAGUGCAAAGCUCAAAUUGGUAUCCGUUCCACACAGGUUGAGGGCUGGACUCCAGUAGGACCAGGCAGCUCACGACUGAUUUAUUCUCCAUCUAUGUGGAAUCCAAAGUCACAACAGCCGCUGGCUCCUUAUUUUGUAAACUUCACUUCAAAUAAUCUAUCGGUCAAGUUUGUAUUCGAUAUUCAAUCAGUGAAAACGAUUAGUGUAGCAGACAAAUUGAGAAUCGAAGUAGGAUCCUCAUCAACAAGCAGUGUGAUAACCGAGUUCACGCAGUCAUCAAAUACAGUUAUUCAAAAGUCUGCAAUUGGAAAUUAUAUGGCAACAUCGUUCAGUGGGGCAAAUGCAACGUCUUCAUUUGCAAUUAGUUUGAGAGUAGAGGAUAAUGGAGCAGAAAGUGGAAUAAUCAGUUUGGUUGUAUUAGGAGUGGCGCUUCUUCGUUUGUUUCAAUAA